UCCAAUGCAGCAGCCUGCCCCUCUGGUGCAAACACACCACUGCUGCUGGAAUUACAAAGGACUGCUUAUAUGCUCAUGCAUCAAAACACUGGCUGUGCAGUCGUGAAACCGCCCUGCCCUGCUACUACUACACCUCAGCUCUGCCUUAUCUUCUUUUCGAGGACACGGGCGCAGUUUUAUUCAUAAAGCUGACCUCACAAAUCCUUUUGUAGUUUUGUAAUGUGGGGCGUGCGUGCCACACAAACUACUAAUCCCUGGAUCCUCUGAGUAGGACCAUGAUUUCUGGGACGGUGUUGCCAGGGGGAAGGUGGCGCCUGGGACCUGUUGGAAAUGACAGCUGAAGAAGGCGGAUUAAAACACAGGGAUCACAAUAACAGUAAACGUAGAAGAUAGCGAAGAAACUCCCUCGCAUCACUGUGUAAAGGGGUUGUAGAAAUGGAGUCCCUGAUGAGUGCUGUGGCUCCGCGUUCCCCAGCCCCCACCAAGAAGCUGUCAGAGGUGGACUUCCGAUCGGGGGCCACCCUGGAGCAGCUGUCGGCACAGGUGUCUGAGCUGGUUGUACUGGAGCAGGGGGAGUUUGGAGACCAGACCGCCUUAGAGGUUCACACAGCUAAGGACUUCAUCUUCAACAUGCUCGGCUUAGUCCAGAAAGUGGACCAGCGCCUCCCGGUGGCCAACGAGUACCUGCUGCUGUCAGGCGGAGCCAGGGAGGGGGUCUUGGAUCUCAACCCUGAGGACCUGGGGGACUACGCCAAAGGGGCCGACUUUGACCUGGACUUCACCCUGCUGGUACCCGCCCUGAAGCUCCAUGACCGCAACCAGCCUGUCACCCUGGACAUGAGGCACUCCCCACCCUGCCACUCAUGGCUCAGCCUCCGCCUCUGCGACUCCAACAUCCUGUCGCGCUGGAGCAUCUGCUGCCAGGAGGAGAAUGGACUUCCUGCUGAGGAAGAUGAGGAGGAAGAGGGAGAAAUGGGUAAAGGCUCCAUCCCCUCCCUGGGUUCUCCUCAGUCUCUGGAUGGAUGCUACUUCUCUCCCACCCUGGUGACAGACUGGUUCUGGGGGGUGGUGAGUGAGGCCGUGGAGGAGCUGAGACGUAGCCCCCAGAGAGGCAUCCCCACCCCGGACCGCCUGGAGAGGAAUGGACCCCUCACUACCAUCAUCCUCCAGGCAGGCUCUAGCCGGGUGCUGUACGACCUGCUGCCUGUGGUGUCGUUUCGGGGCUGGCCUGCUGUGGCCCAAGGCUGGCUGACUGCCAACCACUUUUGGGACGGUAAAAUCACAGAGGAGGAGGCCAUAUCUGGCUUCUAUCUGCUGCCCUGCUGCUCCCCCCUGGGUGGUCGGCCCGACAGGGAGUGGAGGCUGGCAUUCUCACGCAGCGAGGUUCAGUUGAAGAAGUGCAUCCCCUUCCCUAUGGCCCAGGCUUUCCAAGCAGCCAAGGCCGUACUGUCUCGUAUCCUGGCUCGUCCCCGCACAGGCCUCAGCCUCUACCACCUGCGUACGCUUCUCUUCUGGGCCUGUGACCGACUUCCUGCAGCCUACCUGUCCUGCCCUGACGCUGACACUCCCGGUCGCCUCCUCCUGGGUCUCCUAGAUGAUCUGGCUCAUUGCAUCCUUGGUAAAAACUGCCCAAACUACUUCCUGCCCCAGUGCAACAUGUUGGAGCACCUGACUGACAGCCAGGCGCUGCUGGUCGCCAGGAAACUGGCCCACGUGCGCUCAGAUCCCAGCGAGCACCUGCGGGCAGCUCUGGACCAGGCCCAGCAGGCGGGCCAGCUGAAGAAGGAGCUAACAGCUAGCACCAACGGCCACGGCUCUCCCGGGCAUCACCCAGCCAACGGCAUCAUUUCGCCUUCGGAGGACAAGCUGGCGCAGCGACUGCAGCAGCUGGUCACAGAGAACCCUGGGAAAUCCAUAUCUGUCUUCCUGAACCCUGAUGAUGUCACCAGGCCGCACUUCCGCAUCGAUGACAAGUUCUACUGAGGCAGACACGCUGCAGAGAAGACGUGUGGAAACGUGUGUGUGUUUAUCUUACAAACACACUCUGGAAAUGCUCUGAGAUGUCACAUCAGAGGGGACGGAGACUGAAAAUCAGGCAGGUGUUUUUCUGCAGAACACAUCUGGCCUGAAACUGAGCACACUCCCCCUCUUCAUCACCCUGAGGCUGAACCAAGCCAUGCUGCUCGACUGACUCUUCAAACCAAAAAACACACAUGUCCUACUACUGACAAAUGACGUCCAGUUUAGUGGACGUCGCACAACAAGACAUGAUGUCACCGAGCUGUUGCCACGGAGACGGCCCUCUCCUAACGAGCUGGCCUUAACGAGACUUAUCAGCUGGUGCUACAAAGACGAGAGCCGGCUUUAGUCGUGUGAAUAAGUCCAACGGAAAUCAACACAGAGAGAGUGUGUGUAUGUGUGUGUGUGUGUGUGAGAAUGUGUGUCUAUCUAUGUGUAUGUGUACAUUUUACAUAUUACUUAACACUUCUAAAGAUGGAGGGAGGAUAGAGCCUUGAUUGCUGCGUUUCUCCCCUUUUUAUUUUAGAUCAGAGUGGGCGAUGGCUAAAUUAGAAAGGAAAAACAAGGUGUGGCUGAUGUAACUGAAUGUAAUGUUGUGAAGAGAACCGCCGAGCCUUUGAACAAAGAGUCUCUUCUCUCUUUCAACUACAGUUUAGCUCCUUUUUUUUUUUUUUUAACCCCCAAGCCUCAAUUUAUGGCAUAUUUUUUCACUUGUUUUUAGUCUUUCUCAGGUAUUCAAUAUUCAUACUACUUAUCAUUUUUUUUAUGUAUAUGAUUCCAUUAUAAGGUCUUUAACUAUAUAUCAAUGCCGCUUAUUGGGUAAUUGAAUGUACCAAAGAACUAUGUUUGAGCAGUUUUGCAAACACAAACACCCUAACCAUCUUGUUUUGAUGACUCGACUGAAUCUUGGUCAGAAUGUUAAUUUGCCUUUUCUCUGUUGAAAGGCCCGGUCACACCAACAUGUUGAAGAGCCAACAUUUUGUGGCAAAAUCAGUUAAUUCCGAUGGAAUCAGUGUCAUAAGAUUUGCUCAUUACGUAGAUAGCUAGAUAAGCUCAUAUCCAUCACCUCAAGUUCAGCUUUGAUGAACUUGACCAAUAAUUUGAGGGAACUGAAAAUGGAGGAAGCUGUUGUAGCUUAUUAGCUGUGUCACACCGUGCAGUUUUAUUUGACCUCCUCAGAUGACUGCUCUUCAAAAGAGGGUUUGAAGUCACGAGGCACGAGUCAAUGGUACAAAUGCGUCUCUUGAAAAUACUGUGUGAACUCAGCAACUGAAGUAAUGAGCUUUCUAACUUCCAGUUAACAAGCCCUUAGCUUGUUGACAUGAUGUACAGAAGAAAAUAUCAGGGGGAGUAAAUGGUCUAGUCCAGAGCUCCUUUACUGCCUAAUGCUAGCCUGUCCUGGUCUGCUAGCCAGCUGUAGAAGUAGCCCUGCGAGUAAUCACUACCAGAGCUACAACAAUUAGUCCACUAAUUACUUAAUAAAAACUAAUUGGUAACUAUUUUGAUAUUUGAUUGUUUCAAACCUUUUCAAUUAAAAAUGCCAAAUAUUUUUUGAUUUCUGAUGAUUUAUGCCUUCGUCUGAUCAUAUGAUAGUUAAUUGAAAACCUAUGAAAUCAAGAAAUUUUGAAAGCUAUUUACCACAUAUUUCACAUUAAAAGGCAGAUGAAUUUCGCAGUGACACUUUGUAGCGUGACCGGGCCUUGGACACAGAAUGAGACUGAAUUAAACUGGUUAAUUAAAUAAGAGAAUAGGACGAUUUGCUGAUUUGCUGUAAGAGUUGUUACAGCUUUUGAGAAAUCCUUGAAACUUCAAGUCUGGUGUUUUGUGUUCGUACCUGAGCUGACAGUUUGUGUUACGGUAGACUUAAAAGGGGAUUUAGAACAUUUCAAACCCUCAGUAUGGAGGUAUGAGGAAUUAAAUGAGCAGCAGUGUUAAGUUAAAAAAAAUGUCCCAAAAAAAAGGUACAGUGUAGCUGUUGAGUUGGGGCUUGUGACCGCCGUCAUCACGACUAAGUCAAGGUACUUUGCCUUCGAAACGUCCCACAGAGGGUCCAGUAUGUCGAACAUGUUGUUGCACAUCGUGUGAGUGUGUCUAUUAAGUUUCCGUUGAGGAAAGUUGAGAGUUUUGUGUGUCUCAUUUGAUUUUCUUGGAGGCUGGUUCUGACUUGACUGAUUCUGAUAAUUGUCCCCUGUCUCCUCUGCUUGGUUGGUCUUUUUUAAUGAGCUCUGUGUGUGUGUGUGUGUGUGUGUGUGUGUGUGUGUGUGUGUGUGUGUGUGUGUGUGUGUUGUGUGUGUGUGUG